GGAGCCCGGCAGUCCGCGAGUGCAGUCUCCGCAGCCGCGCGGGAGACGGCCGCGUUCCAGCCCUGCUGGCGACCUCCGGAGUUGAGCCUGCGAGUUGGGUGCGGGAACACCGGCCCUUGGUGGCCGGGAACCCUAAGGCCCCCACCGCGAUCCCUCCUGGAUAGGGUCGGCGGGGAGGUUGAUGGAGAGUCGACAGGCCUAAGUGUCUACCAUCACAGAAGAUCUCUGCCCUCUGGGGCUGAGAGACCCCAGCCUUCCCUCAAGCUGAAGCUGCAAGGCACUGAGGUAGCAGCCAGAUGUCUUCCCACAAAGGAUCUGCCGUGGCACAGGGCAAUGGGGCUCCUUCUAGUAACAGAGAAGCUGACACCGUGGAGCUGGCUGAGCUGGGACCCCUGCUGGAGGAGAAGGGCAAGCGGGCAGCCACCAGCCCAGCCAAGGCUGAAGAGGAACAAGCAUGCCCAGUGCCUCAGGAAGAGGAGGAGGAGGUGCGGGUACUGACGCUUCCUCUGCAAGCCCACCAUGCCAUGGAGAAGAUGGAGGAGUUCGUAUAUAAGGUCUGGGAGGGCCGCUGGAGGGUCAUCCCGUACGAUGUGCUUCCUGAUUGGCUGAAAGACAAUGACUACCUGCUGCAUGGCCACAGACCACCUAUGCCCUCCUUUCGGGCUUGCUUCAAGAGCAUCUUCCGCAUCCACACAGAAACUGGCAACAUCUGGACGCAUCUGCUCGGUUUUGUGCUAUUUCUCUUUCUGGGAAUCUUGACCAUGCUGAGACCAAAUAUGUACUUCAUGGCGCCGCUGCAGGAGAAGGUUGUCUUUGGGAUGUUCUUCCUGGGGGCAGUGCUCUGCCUCAGCUUCUCCUGGCUGUUCCACACUGUCUACUGUCAUUCCGAGAAGGUCUCCCGGACUUUCUCCAAACUGGACUAUUCAGGGAUUGCGCUACUGAUUAUGGGGAGCUUCGUCCCCUGGCUCUAUUACUCCUUCUACUGCUCCCCACAGCCACGGCUCAUCUACCUCUCCAUUGUCUGUGUCCUGGGCAUCUCUGCCAUCAUUGUGGCACAAUGGGAUCGGUUUGCCACUCCCAAGCACCGGCAGACAAGAGCAGGAGUGUUCCUGGGACUUGGCUUGAGUGGUGUUGUACCCACCAUGCACUUUACUAUCGCUGAGGGCUUUGUCAAGGCCACCACGGUGGGCCAGAUGGGCUGGUUCUUCCUCAUGGCCGUGAUGUACAUCACCGGAGCUGGCCUUUAUGCUGCUCGGAUUCCUGAGCGCUUCUUUCCUGGAAAAUUUGACAUAUGGUUCCAGUCUCAUCAGAUUUUCCACGUCCUGGUGGUGGCAGCAGCUUUCGUCCACUUCUAUGGGGUGUCCAACCUUCAGGAAUUCCGUUAUGGCCUAGAAGGUGGCUGUACCGACGACUCCCUUCUCUGAGCCUCCCUACCUGAGGGGUGGAGGAGGAACUUCCCAAGUGCUUUUAAAAAUAACUUCUUUGCUGAAGUAUGAGGAAGAGUCCGAGUUGUCUGUUUCUAGAAGAAACCUCUUAGAGAAGUCAGUAGCAGUGACGCUUGAGCUCACUGUCACAGCCUCCGGGCGGUGGGUGCCCUUCCCGUGUGCAUGCCCGGCAGGCACCUCGGCAAGGCAGCUGCUGGUCGGGCCUUCACGGAUAGGAUGUGGGAGCUCAUGUUGAGAUUUUACCCAUUCCUCCAGCCAUUUUGGGAAAGAAAUUAUGAACUGGGAUUCUUCAGAAAUUAUGUUUUGUUUUUUCUUGAAGAAAAUAUCCCUCCCUUACCCCCAUCCUUACUUUGUAACCUGGCUGAUAAUGGGCCAUCCAUUUUUGUAGCACACUUUUCAGAAACAAUUAUAACCUGGUCCCAUCUUUCUAGGACAAACAAAGCCACGCCUUGAUGUAGCCCGGCUAAUCAUGGAAGUACGUCCAGGCUUCAAGUAACUUGAGUUUAAAUCCUUUUUUUUCUUGGCAGAGUAAUGUAAAAUUAAAAUGGGGAAGAUAUUUAAUAUUUAAUACUAAGCUUUAAAAAGAAACCUGCUAUCACUGCUAUGUAUCUUGAUGCAAAGACUAUGGUGAUAAUAAAAGAAAGUACAGACAACGCUUGGCAUUCAAAGA